AUGGGCUCGAAAGGAAUCUCGUUCCAGGAGCUCAAGCUCACGGUGGACGAGGAGCAGAACUGCCGUGAUCGGUCAUUCCAGCUGCUGGACAGAACACUUCGCAGCUAUGACGAGCGGGACGGUCAGGAAGACAGUGGCCGACCGUCUGCCCCGUUGCAUCACUCCAACCUUGACAGCACGCGUUGGAAACAGCUCAAGACUCAAGAGAACGCGUCGCUCUACAUCGAACGCAGCAACAGUGUGCACCGAGACGACAAUAUCCUCGGCGGUGACUGGAUCAACCCGAUGGUGUUCUUAAUGGCAGGGACCAUACGUGGAGAGCUGGACGAAGUGAUGCUCGGCGUGGAGACUCCUAUCGUAGCCAGUCUACGAGACCGAAAGGAAGUACUCGCCAUGCAGCCAGUAGAUUGCGCCGUCUUAGCCGAACUAGCGGCCCCCACAGAAUCAGAUCCAUUUCAAUACCUUGGCAUCCAGUGGAUGGCGUUCCGACACGGUUGGCCACUCAAAGCGGUGUCGUCACCUCGGGACUUUGUAGCAUUAGCAUCCAAAGGUACCAUGACACGUGCGAACGGCGACCGUAUCGGCUACCAAGUCGUACAGCCAGCUAAACUCCCUCAAUGUCCUCCACUACCGGGAUCGAUGCGUACCAAGCUCAUGUAUGCGGCCAUCUUUAAGCAACAGGAGCCUGGACUGGUCGAUGUCUUUGUACAAACCUAUAUCGAGACCAUGAGCGCCCUACUGAACAAAGUGGUCGUGUCAGCGACGUGGAAAUCUACAAUGGAUUUGUGGAGUGCGCCCCGACUGGCCGAGAUGAAGAAAAUGCAGUGGUGUCUCGCCAACUGCAAGGCGCAACGUCGACAACUCCAACGGCAGGCGUCUCCGUCCGCGAAAAACGUGUGCAAGCAAUGUUUGGAGAAACGCAAGAUGCGUGGUAGCGACAUUGAGGACAAGACCGCUUGCGUCCUAUGCAUUUCGCCGACGUGUUCGAAUUGCCGCGUCGAGAGAUCACUAGAGGCAAUUGAUGAACGAAAGCUCAGGCUGAUACAACACUCAGUCAUCGUCUGUCGGGCUUGCAUGGUGUUCGUACAGCACAUGCGACCGGUGGAUAUUGUAAGGCAGACGCUGAAGCCAUGA